CUCGACUCGCCCAACCCUCGAACCCUCCAGCUGCUCCCUCGUUCUUCCCCUGCCAGCCAUGGAUCACGGACGCGACCCUUGCCCCUUUGUCAUUCUCAAUGACUUUGGCGGUGCCUUUGCCAUGGGCGCCAUUGGCGGAACCAUCUGGCACGGCAUCAAGGGCUUCCGAAACUCUCCCUACGGCGAGCGCCGCAUUGGUGCCAUCACCGCCGUCAAGAUGCGAGCUCCCGUCCUGGGCGGCAACUUUGGCGUCUGGGGUGGUCUCUUCUCGACCUUUGACUGCGCCGUCAAGGGCAUCCGGAAGAAGGAGGAUCCUUACAACGCCAUCAUUGCGGGCUUCUUCACCGGCGGCUCCCUUGCCUUCCGUGGUGGUGUCAAGGCCGCCCGAAACAACGCCAUUGGCUGCGCCGUCCUGCUAGCCGUCAUCGAGGGCGUCGGUAUCGCCUUUGGAAAGAUGAUGUCCGGAACAACCAAGCUGGAGAUGCCCCAGCCGCCGCCCAACUCAGAAGUCCAGGCGUUGUAA